AUGUCUAACAGUAAACUGCACCAUGAUCUACCUGUGCAACUUCUCGAAUAUGACAUUUGGUUUCAGCAAUACGGAAAUGAAUUCACCUUUUAUGACUACAAUCAACCAUUAGAGCUCCCAUCAACAAUGAAACAUUCAUUCUGCAUCAUCAUUGCAGAUCCUCGUUACCUAAGCAAGGAGUGCUUGGAAAAGGUUUCUAAAACGAUUGGAUUUCUUAACCAACCUGGAGAAUCAUUCUUGCUUUUACUCACAGUGCAACAUGAAAGAGCAGGUGAACUCUUAGGGUUACGACCAUGUGGCUUUAGGCCACAACAUUCCAGCAAGCUUGGGAAUGAAUUCUGA